AUGACUCACAAUAAUCCGUUGUUGCCGUUUCUACUAAUCUCUCUAAUAUCAACAUCAUCAAUAAUCUAUGCAAAUGGAGAGUCAAAUAAUAAUGAUGAGCCAAAAAUUGAAGCUUUGUCACAUGCUAAAAUUCCUAUUACAUCAUCGUCUUCAUCCUCAUUGACAAAUGGUAAUUAUCCAAUAUUUCCUGAACGCACUGAUGCUGUCUACUUUGUUGUGGCUGUAAGUGGAGGUAUUAAAAAUUGGGGACGUGUGUUAGCCAGAACACUUUUGGAUAUCGGAGAUGUUUUCAGCAGCCCAACAGGACCUCCUUUAAGACCAAUUUAUGUUGACCUCCCGGCAAAUGGAAGAUUUUCUGCAAAAGUCCUAACAGCAUUGUGUGAUCAAAUAGAUGGAAUACCAAUCAGUGGAAUUGUUGUUGUUGGUGAUGGACAGGCGGCAAGGUCAAUUGCAUUGUCUGGAAACGCUAUGAAAGUGCCUGUAUUGUGGGCGAAAGGAGGCACAGCACAGUUGCAGGAGAACAGUGAGACACAGAAUUACCUACAAGCAACUUUACAGCCAUCUGCAAAAGAAAUUUUGGAAGCAAUUAGAGCGAUUUUUCUACAGACGCAUUGGCACUCGUUCUUUGUGUUAUCAGAUAUAGGAUCAACAAUGGUGCUGGGCGGUAAUCUGGGACAAAUUUUAAAAAAAUCUCCCUUAGCUCCAACAAUCCUACCAUUAUCAAACAACAAGGAUAAUAAAGAUGAAGUUUUUAGGCAACUUGCCAAAAUAUCCCGUUCAACACGUGGUAUUGUUCUUCUGUUAUGUGAUCUGAAUGUAGCACGACGUAUAAUGUCGGAAGCGACACGUUUAAAAAUGACGGGAGGACAUUUUAUAUGGAUAUGGGCGGAUACAAGCUCAACGGCAGAGUUUUUUCAAGCUUUUGAGAUGACGAGUGAUGAUAGGGAGCAGCAGAUGAGUAGUAAAGGAAAUUAUGAUGAUUUUUCGAAUCGUAAACAAAAACAAAAUUUGAAUUCACGCCAAUAUCACCAACAGCAGACGACAAACGGAAAUAAUCGUCGCAAUAAUCAGACGAAAUAUAAAUCAAUUAAUUCCAACCGUUUUCAUCACAUCAUUGGUCUAAGAAAACCGAACGAUGAAUCUUUUAUAGAUGAGCGUGAGGUACUUAAAUUUGUUAACGAUGAUCCACGAAGUAAUAGAAAUAAUUUACAUCAGAGUACGGUCUCAGACAUUAUACCAUUAAAAGAUAAGCGGAAGGAUCAGAAAAAAGUUACGACAACUGAUAAAAACAAUAAUAAUAAGAAAGUGACUCAGGACAGUUCACAAAACAGCAAGACUUUUGCUGAUGAUCUCGUCAGUAGCAUCGAAAAUGAGAAAACUGCCAACAAUUUGAACAUAAAAAAUAUCAAUAGUAAUGAAUUUAAUGCUUUUUAUUACGAUCCAUAUGAGCAACAACGACCAAAUCAAAAUCGUAUGGAUGUUGAUGAUGAGAAUCUUCCCGAGAAUAUUUUCGGUGGAAGUGAUUUUGAUGAGUCGACGGAUGAAGAGCCAGUUUAUUAUGAUUACGAUAAAAUCAAUCCCUUUCAGCCUAACACAAAUCCUGCCGCAUCAGCAACAUCUACAGUGCCAUCGACUUCGACACGUCGUAUGGACAGCACAACAUCGAAACCUAUUGAUAAAUUGAAAGUCAGUAGCAGUAAGGCACCAAAUCGUCAAGUUGAAGACCCAAGACCUACAAGUUCUAGUACACAAAAACCAGAAACUAUAACACAGCAGUCACCAAAACUUAAUGGUGAUGAUUUAGAUUUAGAAAAUUAUUCUGAUACCUCAAAUGACUCAAAAGCUAAACGUGCUGAUAAUUUUCAUCCGCAAUUCAAUAUCUCGUCGCACGUAUUCUUUCAUCAUUUUAAAGACUUUCCAGUGGGUCUAUUAGCAUUGAGACACAUUAAAAUGAAUGUUGAUCGUGUUUUUGUUCGUUCAGCAAUAAGACUCUUUGCGUCAACGUGGGCGCGUGUAGAACGGAAUGAAGAAAUAAGAUUUGGGAACAGUAAGAGUGAAUAUAGUGGAAAAAUUCACGGGAGUGGAAGAAGUUAUUACAAUGAUUAUGGUGAAAAUAUUAAUAAUAGAAACAAUAACAAUAAAAUGAAAAGUAAAGCUCAUGUUAACAAUCGGAAUGAUCCAAUUAGAAGAAAAUUCAAGCGUGAUGCACAAAUGGAUGAGAAUAUUGAAUCGAAAACAGAAACAGCAACAACAGAUUUUCACAUUAAGAAGAGAUCAAUUUCAACUUUGGUUAACAGUAGACUUAAUAACACUAAUCUAAUUAAAAAUAUUAAUAAUAAAAGUUCAGAACACGUAAGUGGCCUAAAAACACAACAAUUGCACUCUAGCGACGUUGAAAUGAAAAGCAAUAUCGAUAAUUUUAGUCAUAAAAAUAAUUCAUAUAAUAAAACAGUUUCAAGAAACGUCCAACAACUUGAGAAGGCAUCGUACGUGCCAUCAAAUGGCGACGAUGAAAAAGAAAUUAAAUUAAAAAAGCGACCAGACACUUGGUGGUCGCCAAACAUAUUACGUGGAGGAAGUAUAACGAACAGCCCUAGUAGCGGUAAUGUUCGUAAUAAUCAGGAUAAAAUUAAAGCUACUGGCACGCCUCAAUAUAAAGGCGGAUGUUUUGGUUCACCAAGUCGAAGUGACUUGAAGCGCUCGGAGGUAUUUGCGAGAUAUUUACGUGAAGCUGUAACUUUAGUUUUGUCGGGAAAAACACUGCCCAGCGGUAACAUGGAGAAAGCUUUAAUAUCAAAUUUUGAAAUUUUAAAUCUUGUUCCGACCAACAAUAAAGUCGAAGUUUACAAUGAUAAAGAUAGCACAAUGAAAUCAUCGACAAUAACACAAACAAAUCCCGAGAGCACAAAAUGGAGGCGAGUUGGUCUUGUGCUUGGCAGGAAAGUUCAUUUAGAUACGAUUGUAUGGCCUGGCGGUGACAUUGUUGUUUCUGGUUUGUCAGCUCGAGCUCGAAGUGUCUUUCGCGUUGUUACGUCCUUAUCGCCACCAUUUGUUAUGGAAUCGAAUCUAGAUGAGGAUGGAUUGUGCUUACGUGGUCUUCCAUGUCAUCGUCUCCCGACAUCUGACAAACAUAAUCUUACCAUCAUGUUUAAUUCUAUCGAGACGAAUGAACGUUUUGUUGAGGAUGCUGUAGAACAUGGCAAUCAAAUCCCUAUGAACGAGGAUCAUAAAUCAAACGACAAACUUUCCUACAAAACUCGCUGUUGUUAUGGCUUAUCAAUGGAUUUAUUGGAUAAUAUUGCGUCUGAACUUGGAUUCGGAUAUAUUCUCUAUAUCGUUGGUGAUGAACUUUUUGGAUCAAAACAAAUCAUCAGCAAAAAGUCAGGCAUUCAAACAUCAUCACAUGAAUUUAAUCGCUCUCAUGGUCCCAUUCAAGAGCAAUUGAGAGAAAGAGAUAAAGCAGAUCGAGAAAGAAGCAGCAGAAGAUUCAAUAAAAAGCAACACGAGCAAUCUCAAUGGAACGGAAUAAUUGGUGAUUUGGUAGCUGGUUCGGCUGAUAUGUCUUUUGCACCAUUGAGUGUUUCAAAAACACGUGCGGAAGUGAUUGACUUUAGUGCGCCAUAUUUUCAUAGCGGUGUUUCUUUGCUUGCAGCUCCAAAGGUUAAGACGGAUAUUCCGUUGUUGGCCUUCCUCAUGCCAUUUUCACCCGAAUUGUGGAUAGCUGUUUUUAUUUGGCUAAAUCUGACUGCUAUUGCAGUUGCGAUUUAUGAAUGGCUUUCCCCAUUUGGGCUUAAUCCUUGGGGCAGGCAGCGAAGUAAAAACUUUAGUCUCUCAUCGGCGCUUUGGGUGAUGUGGGGUUUGCUGUUUGGUCACUUAGUGGCUUUUAAAGCACCAAAAUCGUGGCCAAAUAAAUUUCUCAUUAACGUAUGGGGUGGCUUCUCUGUCAUAUUUAUUGCCAGUUAUACAGCCAAUAUUGCCGCCCUCAUUGCUGGACUAUUUUUCCACAAUGCUGCCAGCAUCCAAGACACAUCGCUUAUGACACAACGUGUUGGCAUUCCGCGAGCCUCAGCUGCUGAAUCGUAUGUACAGCGAAAUGAUAAGCAUCUUUGGGAGCGCAUGAAAAAAUACACUUUUAGUAGCAUCGAUGAAGGAAUCCAGGGACUAAAAAAUGGAACUAUCGAUUUACUGAUGGCUGACACACCAAUACUAGAUUAUUAUCGUGGUUCCGAUCAUGGAUGUAAUUUACGUCGUAUCGGGGAGAAUUUCAUUGAAGAUACAUAUGCCAUUGGCAUGAGCAAAGGCUUUCCACUCAAAGAAUCAAUUUCUGCAUUGAUUGCAAAAUAUUCGAGUAAUGGCUACUUGGAUAUACUUGUUGAGAAAUGGUAUGGUGGUUUACCAUGUUAUCGAGAUGAAAAUGAGAUUGAAAUAGUUCAACCUCGACCUCUUGGCGUCGCAGCUGUUGCUGGUGUUUUUCUUCUUCUUGGAUUAGGAAUGAUAUUGGGUGUAUUCAUAUUGAUUUUUGAGCAUUUAUUCUUCAAAUAUUAUUUGCCAAUUUUAAGGCAUACACCAAAAGGAUCAGUGUGGAGGAGUCGAAACUUGAUGUUCUUUAGUCAGAAACUUUAUCGCUUUAUAAACUGUGUGGAAUUGGUGUCGCCACAUCAUGCUGCAAGAGAAUUAGUUCACACUCUUAGAAAAGGACAUAUCACAAGUCUCUUCCAGAAGAGUGUCAAGAGGAAGGAAGAUGAACAGCGGCGACGUCGAAAGAGUAAAGCACAGUUCUUUGAAAUGAUACAGGAGAUACGAAGAGUUCAACAAGAAGAGAAAGAACAGCCACAAAUUCCAAAAUUAGAAGUGGUAGAAGAAGUUGAUUCGCCAGCAACACCAAAUAUGCCGUCAAGUCCAAACCCAGACAUACAAUCAAUAGCUUCAUCUGCAACAUCAGUAAAGCCAAAAGCAAGUCCAAAAUUAAGACUCUUUAGUAUAAAGCGAGAUGGUCACUCAAGAUCCAAUUCUUCAUCACUUAAUGUUAGACGAUUUAGUACAGAUAGCAUCUUGGGUGAACGUCUUGAUACAAUUGGUAGACGAUUGAGUCGUGACAUCGCCAACGACCUUGCUAAUUCACCUCCAGAUUUAGGUCAUCGAUUUGAAACAUUUGGCAAAACUACCGGAGCAAAUAAAUUUGACACGUUCUCAGGGAAGACUGGCAUUACGAAAUCAGCUGAUAGUCUAGACAAACAAUCAUCACAUGAAAAGAGUAAAUAUGAUACAUUUAGUGGAUCAGUUGAUGCAACAAGUGAAGAAAAACCAGAGCUGCCAGCAAAAAGAAGCCAAAAAGGUAAACAGAAACGACGACCAUUAAGUGUCGAUACGUAUAGCACAGUAUCUGAGAACAAGAGUCAAGUAACAUUUGAAAAUCAAUCAACACUUCCUCUAAGAGAUCCCCUUAGAGAGCCCGUUAAGAGGGAAUCCUUUAGAGAAACACUACAUCCGGCAAUAUUUCAAAUCGAUCGAAGCAAGGCCGUUUUACGCGAUAAAUUACACGAGGAAUUAAAGGAAAAGUAUGGUGUAGAUCAGAAGCUGUUAAAAGCUAAACCACCAAAAGUACCGAGCAUUAAUAAUCGACCACCAUUGCGGAGUCAAAAUCCCAAUGAUAGCUUUUUAAAAGUACAAAGCAAUGAUUCGUUAAAUAUUCGACCCAUUCCAUCGCCACGAUCAUCAAAACCUCGUAAAUUUUCACAAGAUGACGAUGAUGAUGAUGAAGGACUAGAUCCGACAUAUGCAACUAUACAACCUCGCAACAAGAGCCCUCGUUUAUCAUCAUCAUCAUCGCAGCAGCAACAGCAAAACAGUCACAGCAUUAAUAAUAAUACUACUAUUCCUGGUAAUGGAAAUAACAUUCCACUAGGUCGAUUAUCCAAAGAGGAUUUACUUCAUCUGAGUCAUAGAACAGAAUCUGAAAUUCAUGAGUUCCUUAAUGGUGGACGAAAAACAGCAAGUAAAGCUGAUCCACCUUGAUAUUAAAUUAACAUUCAUUUUUCGACUAUUAAGAAUUCUUUUAUAUCUGCUUUAUGAAUGUCAUGAAAGGAAACGAAGAAUUAAAGAUGAAGAAGCAGUGAAUAAAGAUUCUGUAAAGAUUUAUAAUUUUAUUAUACAAAAAAAGAAUGAUUAUGCAAGCAAAAUAAGCAUAAAAAUUAUCAAUGAUGAGACAACGAUAAUGGAUUUCAU